AUGUCGUAUCUGGAGCAGAGGGGCCUGUUAUGUGCUGCUCAGCACGGAUUUCGUCGUGGUCACUCCUGUCUUACAAGCAGUCUUUACUCUCAGGAAAAGUGGACAAGAGCCAUAGCCCAGGGCCGUCCAGUGGACGUCAUCUUCUUUGACUUUAAGAAGGCGUUUGAUAGCGUUCCUAAUGGACGACUCCUACAGAAGAUUUGGGAGUGUGGAAUACAGGGCAGCAUUUUUCAUUGGAUUAAAAGUUUCCUGUCAUGCAGGCUGCAAAAAGUCAUCGUUGGUGCCACUACCUCCGAAUGGGUGCCAGUAAAAAGCGGCGUUCCGCAGGGCUCCGUCUUGGGUCCUCUCCUCUUCCUCAUCUAUAUAAAUGACUGUCCUGCAGACCUUGAAUGCGAUGGCAUCAUGUUUGCAGAUGAUAUAAUGAUCUGGAAAACAAUCAGCAGCAUUGAAGACGCGCAGAAGCUACAGGAAGAUGUUAAUAAGCUGGCUGCGUGGUCCAGCAAGUGGCUUCUAGCGUUCAACGUAUCCGAAUGUGUAGUCUUGCGACUAGAAUGUGGACGUAGGCGCUUCCCAAAACAUCAGUACACCAUAAAUGGGGUUCCACUAAAGGAAGUGAACACGCACAAAGACCUAGUUGUCUGGACAUGCUCAAACUUGCUGCCCUCUCAGCACUGCAAAAGAGUCGUCCAAAUGGCAACCAGCAUCAUGCACUGGAUUAGGCGUGCCUUCAAAAUCUUUCCUCCAGAACUCUACUCACAGAUAUUCGGCACGUUCGUCAGACCGCACUUGGAAUACGGAAUGCCAUCAUGGAUGCCCUGGAUGAAGAAAGACAGUGAUGCCAUAGAGCAGGUGCAACGACGGGCCACAAAACUGGUGGACGGUCUCAGGACUCUGUCAUACCCAGAAAGACUGAUCCAGUUAAAUUUGUUCCCCCUUUCCUAUACACGAAUGAGAUGUGACCUGUUAUGGACAUUCCGCAUUAUCCACGGGCAUGAAUGUUCGCCCAACACUGACGACUUCUCUGAAUUCACGACCACGAGUCACCUGCGCGGUCACCCGUACAAAGUCAAGCGGGAGCGUACACGCCUAGACAAUCGGAAGUCUUCCUUCAGCCAGCGUGUUGUUCGGCCAUGGAACUCACUCCCAAGUGAAGUCGUGACGUCUGAUAUAAUCGCUGUAUUCAAAAGGCAGGUAGAUCGUCUGAUCUUUGAUAAACGACUACUUUCACAACAGGACUAG